CAGCAGAGAAUUUUUCGGGGGGGAAACGUCGUGCUUUCCCGGAAGCUUAAUUGUUAACGUAAGAGCAACACUUUCAGUUUCAAUAUCACAACCGAUCUCUUUUGCCGUGCAAACGCGGACGACAGACUGAACAACAACCUCACUGUACGGUACAGUGUUGCCGAGGUCAGCAUCAUGUCAGGCCAGACAGUAUCCAUGAAAGAACCAGUAUGUCUGAUAGAGAACGACAGUGAUGGGAAGCUGCGUGUGGUCCGCAGCGCACUGGACAUCCUGGACAAGAUUGACCAGCAUGUGGUAGUGGUGUCGGUGGUCGGGCUGUACCGCACCGGCAAGUCCUACCUCAUGAACAAGCUGGCUGGGGAGAGGAAAGGUUUUGCCCUGGGAGCCACCAUCCAGUCCAAAACUAAGGGCAUCUGGAUGUGGUGUGUGCCUCACCCUGAAAAAAGAGACCACACCCUGGUGCUGCUGGAUACAGAGGGUCUGGGGGACGUGGAGAAGGGUGAUGAGAAGAAUGACAACUGGAUCUUUUCCCUGGCUGUCCUGCUCAGCAGUACUCUGGUGUACAACAGCCUGGGAACCAUCGACAACAACGCCCUGGAGAAACUACACUAUGUGACAGAACUGACAGAGCACAUCAAGGUGAAGUCCAACCAGCGAGACGGGGAGGAAUCUUCAGAGUACCUGCGUUACUUUCCUUCCUUUGUGUGGACAGUCAGAGAUUUCACCCUGACCCUGGAGGUUGAUGGGAGACCCAUCACAGCCAAUGAGUACCUGGAGAACGCUCUUAAACUGAGAACAGGUCAUAGUAAGAAAAAUCAGGCAUACAAUCUGCCUCGUAGCUGCCUGCGGAACUAUUUCUCUCCUCGCUGGUGCUUUGUGUUUGAGAGGCCAGCCAGCGGAGACAAAAUGAGACGUAUGGAGGAGCUGACCGACGCUGACCUGGAGCCUGCCUUUGUGGAGCAAGCCAAGGAGUUCUGUGACCACGUCUUCAAGGAGGCCAAGACCAAGACCCUGAAACAGGGCCUGAAAGUUACCGGCAGAUUGCUGGGAAACCUGGCAGAGACGUAUGUGUCUGCCAUCCGGAGCGGGCAGAUCCCCUGCCUGGACAAUGCUGUGUUGGCUCUGGCCCAAAUUGAGAACUCCAGUGCCAUCGAGAGGGCCAGGGCCCACUACCAAAAGGGCAUGGCUGACUGGGUAGCCUACCCCACAGAGACCCAAGAGGAGCUGUCUGAAGUGCAUGCUGUCAUGGAGAAGGAGGCUGUGGCCAUAUUCAUCAACAACUCCUUCAAAGACGAGGACCAGAAGUACCAGUUGGAGCUCAUGAAAGUGCUUCAAGAGGAGUAUGAGAAGAUCUGUGAGAGGAACUACAAGGAGUCCCAGAAGGCAUGCGAGUCCAAAAUCGAAUGCAUCUUUGCCCCCUUGGAGGAGAAAAUAAGGGAUGGCUCCUACAUGACCCCUAGAGGAUACAAAGAGUACUGCAACGACCUGAAACUGGCCACCAGCGAAUACAGAUCUGAGGGAGGCAGGGGAGUGAAGGCUGAAGAGGUACUGAAGGAGUACUUGGAAAGGAAGGCCAUCAUUGGUCAGACCAUCCUGUCAGCAGACCAGUCCCUCACUGAAGCUGAGCAGAGAGCAGAAGCGGAGCAAGCGAAAAGGGAGGCAUCUGAGCGGGAGAAUCGAGCCAUGGAGGAGCAGCUGGUUGUCCAGGAGAGGUUGAGAGCGGACCAGCAGAGGACGUAUGAGGAGAAUGUGAACCAGCUGAUGGAGAGGAUGGAGAGAGACAGUAGAAAUGCCGUGGCAGAGCACGAUAGAGUUCUGCAGGCCAGACUUAAGGAGCAGAAUGACCUUCUCCAACAAGGGUUUGAUGACAGAGCACACCAAAUGCAAAGAGAGAUAGAUGCGCUUAAGGGUGCGAAGGCACAAGAGGAAGAGAAAAAACCCUCAUUUAUGAGCACAGCUCUGGAUACUGUUGGGACUGCAGCUACCUUGUUCCUUCCAGGAAUACUUCCCAAAGUAGGAGGAAUGGCUGUGAAAUGGCUGUCUAAGUGGUUCUGAUGUAGGUUCCCGAGGAGGAUGAUGAGCUAUUAUUCUUAUAGACAUAUGGAUUGACUGAAUGUGUAUUUAUUGGUAGUUGAUUCAUGGAUUUAGAUUAAGCACUCAGUCAAGGUUUUAU